GAUCGCCAACUGCGAUGACCACAUCGGAUGGCGAGGCGGCAACGGUGAUGACUCCCCGAUGGAGCGUCUUCAAGGUGCUACAAGUGCUGUAUGAAAACAUCGCCCUUGAAGGACGCAACGGGAUCUCCGUGCGGAGUCUCUUCGAGAAGUAUGAGCCCAGUGGCGACGUGCUCAUGCAGGCAGCGAUUUGGGCAAUCCUGCGCCGCGGGUGUUCGCCGACGAAUCCAGUGCAGGUAGCACACAACGUACAGAUCAAUGUGAAGGACGAGACCGACGAUCUACUACCUUCGUCCUUUACGGUGAUGUCCAAGAAGCGCAAGGCGGCCCCCACAAAACCAGGGGCCAAGGCGAAGAAGGCGAAAACUCCACGAAAGAAGAUGUCAUCGUCUGACUCGGACUCGGACCACAACGUCGACAUCAAAUCCCAAGUGUCUCGUCCAUCCUCUGUCCCAUUGUCUUCGUCGAAGUCUGCCGCCGCCGCCUCGACUACCCUGCCACAGCACGACCUUAUUCCCGUCCACGACGCAGCAUCCAUGUCGUUUGACAUGGCGAUGGCUGACGCGACGCUCGUCCUCGUGGCCAACUACGAUAUCCGACUGCAAGCCCUCGGGUAUGCCAAAGUUGGCGUCGACAUCAACGUACAUCUGCUGGACGUGCUCGAGAUGAUCGGGCGCGCGCGAUGCAUUGGCAUCACCGUGAGCCACAUAAGUCGUGUGCUUUUCGACGACGACAUCAAGCGCAUGCAUUACUUUUUAGACGAACUCGUAAAUAUGAACCUCGUGGAGAAGCGCAUCUUGACAUUGCCGCCGCGCCGAUUCAACAUCAUCCACUUGAAGCGAUUUGCGGCACAGUUUGAUCCGCACACGAUGGGGUUUGCGGGCUUCCACUACGCACACGAACCCCACACCAAGACCAUUCUCGUGAACAAACUUGUGCGGUCCAUGCAGCUCCGACACGAAGAGACCGCCGUGUUUGCCGACGUGGCCAAGCGCUUCGACUUGCACAAGCGGCAGCAAGAAUCUCUCCGGAACCACAUCUGCAUGGAGUCGUCCAAGCAUCCACAGACGUUUCCCCUGCACAUGUUUAUGGCCACGUGUCGCGGCGGCGAGAGGUCCACGGGCCGGAAGCUAUGGUGUGUCCGUGUCGCCGACCCCGCCGCGACCUCCCGGCCGGCGCUGAUCAAGGGCGGCACAGAGUUUGUGUUUCCGCUGCAAACGACGAUGGGGGCGGCCGAGUACUUGUAUCGACUGGUGGAGGCGGCGAGCCCUGAAGGGAUUUCGAUUCCCGAGAUCAAAGACAUUUGCGGCAACCCUGACAACAAGUGGGUGUACAAAAAGAUGCAGCACAUGCUCAUCCACCACAAGAUCGCGUCGCAAAAGAUCAUGGGUGACCGCGGGGUCAUUCACAACUUUAGCGUCGCGCCCACGGUUCAGCCAGGCGCCGCGCCGUUCGUGUCCAACGGCGUGGGGGUUGGGAGGUACUCGUCGCUGAGGCAGUCAAUCAAAAACUCUGGCCAUUCGCUCGUGGGCGACGUGUUUCUUGAGCGGCAGGCGUUCCUGGUGGACCAAAUCAAGGCGCUGUCGAUCGUGUCGGUGGGGCUCCUUCGCCGGACGCUGUGUGCCCACGAGAACCGGCGCGGCACCCACGGCAUCGACGGCCGCACCAUCAUGCGGCUCCUGCAGCCGUUGAUCGACGCCAAGUCAGUCGAGUACGUCGAUGUGAACGUGCCGUGGAAGAAGACGGCCGGGCACACACGCGUGCGGUGCGCGGCGCUGCCGUUUGUCAUGCAAGAAGAGUCCCAGGCCACGUUGCGGCGGUUCCUGGACCAGUACUCGCCGCUCGACGACAUGGACUCGACGACCAAAUGGACGGACGCGACGUUUUCGAUAGUCCGCGAAGAUCACCUGCGCAUGCACUCGGCCGCGGACAAGAAGGGAGGGGGCAAAGGAGGCAGUAUGGGCAAAAUCGUGUCGUAUUCGCACAAUUUGACGGAAUUCCACAGUAUCCGGCAGAAACUGCGAGAUCAGCACCGGCAAUGCCGACGGAUCGGGCAGGCGUACGGCAUGAUCUGCCGCGUCCGGCUGCUGCACGUGGCCAUCUGUCGGGCACUUGUGCGCCUCAAGCUGUGGCCGCCGCCGUCCACCACCCAAAGCGGCGGUGGCACAGACGACGAUGAGCCUGCGCCCGUCGAGUUUUCGUUUCAAGACGUGAUGGCGCAUACCUCGGUCAAGGACUAUUGCCAGAUCUUUGGCACCCCCGAGCCUCUGUCUGAAGCCGACGAGACCCUGGUCAAGCAAAUGAUCUAUGCGGCCAACACCAUGCCCGCCCCAGAGCAGUGGCAAAAACUCGGUGACGUGGGCAAGAUGCUCCAGCGCAACCAGCAGAACCGCGCGAUGCGGCUCGUGGAGAUUAUGAUGGACUUCAAACUCGUGACCCAGCUGCCGUCGGCGCCGCUGCAGCACGAAAGCGUGUACAGUAGCAACGUGGACGAGAUGGUGUCGCGGGUCGUCGAUCAGACGGUGCACGGGGGCGUGCUCAAGCUCAACCUGCACGUGUACGUGGCGGUGGUGGACGAGCGCGCGUCGACGCCGCUGCGGAUCCGCGGGGAGCUCAAACCUAUGGGGUUUAGCCCGCUGCCGACGAUUCCGCUGCACCACUCGUUCCAGAGCGUGGCCGACGUGGAGGCGUUCUGGCGACUCUUGGAGAUCUUUUACCUCGAGCGCGCACGGUGGGAGUGCGUGGCGGACCCGCCGAUGCCAGACCUGCCGCCCAUGCAUGUCAAGCCGUACCUGGUGCCGUCUGUGAACGCGACGUUGGCGCUACUGUGGACCGACAGCGGGUCGCUGCAGCGGCAGCGCGUCGGCAUCCUCAAGACCCGCGCCAAGCCCAAAAAGCGCGCGUUUUCAACCCACUUGAUCAACCCAAACCCAAAGUGGAAGGUGGAAGGGCGUGGCCAGCAGAUCAAGAUGCGGCGCCAGCUGCCGCUCCGGAUCAAGCCGCCCCGACGGAAAGCGGAAAAGAUCGACUUGACGCCCGACCAGGAGCAAGCCGCCCUCGAGUCGUACUUGGACAAGAUCGUUCAACAUUGGACAAUCAAGGACAUGCCGACGGAGCUGCGCUUCUUCCCCGAAGAAGACUCUGUGUUUGUCAACAGUCGGGUGAAGCGGGGCCGGAUCAACUGGAACGCCAUCGGGCUCGAAGUCGCAUGGCCGUUGCAGCUGGUCGGGCGGACGCGGCCGUACGUUGGCCUCGAAGUGAAGCGGCGACUGGUCAAGUCGUUUCUGCCGCGCCCGAGUGUGAAGAAGCACCUUGUGGAGCUGGAAAUGGCCCAAGUCGCCGCCAAGAACCCCACGGGGCGGUUUCUAGAGGAAGCGGUGAUCCACUCGGAUGCCCGCGCAUACGGAUGCCUCGUCAAAGCGGUGCAGAUGAUGCUCCAGCCGGACGCCGACUACGACGCGGCCGUCGCGGACGAUCUCCUUGGAGCGUUUUCGACGCUCGAGAUGCAACUCGUGUGGCGGUACUUGUACUUGCCGGGCAAGAUCAACAAGAGCAAGCCGGCCGACACGGGCCACCGCCGCGGCUUUUCGUUUUCGCUGGCCAUGUUUGACUUUUUGAGGUUGAAUGCUACCCAAUGGCCCCUCACCAUGUGCCUGGACGCCGCGGAACAUCUCGGCGGCAUGUCGACGUUGCGUGAAGACGGCAUGGAGAUGCAGAUGCCGUCGAACGCGAGCUCGGGCUUUAUGGCGACGCUCUUGGCGGCGCAUGUCCGCGGCACGGCGGACCUUGCGAUGGCGUUUGAGCGCACAAAGGACGAAGUGUACAACGGCAUGACCAAGGGAUACGAUGGGCGAAGGUACAAGUGCGCCGGGUUUAUCGGGCACAUGCAUCGGUUCACGGACGGAUUGACGUACGACGAGUUCAACAUGCAUUGGGUGCUGUCCACCAAGCCCACCAUGACCAAGGUCGGCGAAGAAGCAGAGUGCCUGGAAGCGUUUACAUGUCGAAAACGCACACGGCGGGAUGUCGAGUGGACAUGUCCCCACGACAACCAACCGACCGCAUGCACGUCCGUCAAGCGGUGCCGCACCAAGGUCGACCAUGCGCUCGUGAAAGCUAUCGGCGCCACCCACGACAAAGGACUCAGCGUCACGGAGCUCAUGGCGGCGCUGUUUCCGCACACGAGUACCCCGCGACGACGGCGACAGCAACUCCAAGAACAACUCGAUCAAUUGGUCGCUGACGAUCGCGUGUGCGAUGUCCAUGCGUUCGACUGCGUCCGGUAUGUGGCCACGGAGCAUGCCAAGCCCUGGUUUGUCUACCCGUUCACCAAGAACGCGGCGACCAACGCCAUCGAGUUCCAACGAGGCGCACCUGUCAUGGCGCGUCCGUGGCUCAAGAUGGACGGCGAAGUGAACGACCAGUUUCUCGUAGUCGUCAAGCGUGAACUUACCAUGCUCGUGGUGGGGCGGCCCGGGAUCGGGGAGCAGCGCAUGUGCGAGUACUUCAAGGGCCUGCUCGGGUUGCAGGACGUGAGAAACCUGUGCUUUCAGUUGAUCGACGAGCGGGUAUUGUACUGCCGCGCCAUCGAGCGGCGGAAGCAGUGCGGCUUGUUUGGCGGAUCGAAUGCAUCUGAAGCACCAGUGGUGGGAGAGUACUCCAUGGACCGACACGAGAUGGAGAUGCACUACUUUCCGGCGGUUGACUGCUUCGGCGAGCUGGGCAAUGCGGUGCAGGAGAUGUUGUAGAAUAACGCGUUGUGAUUGGCCAAAAACAUUUAGUUUGUUGAUAUGGAGUUUGGAUCAAAGACGUUCGGGAUUGGAUAUAAUAUGAACGAAUCAGA